AAAGAUCACAUAGUUCACGCAAAAAAAAUAAUAUUACUAAUGAAUUUUAAAGUUAAUAAGUUUCCAUAUCAGAUCAUUAGAAUCUUUAUAAAUAAGUUUUUUUUAAAUAAUUUAUGUUAAUAAACUGCUUUAUCUUUGCAAAAUUAAGAACUUAUAAAUGAACCAUUUUAAAAAAGAGUUUUUUAAAAGUUUUUUUCGACAUAAAAUUCUAUUUUUUUAACAUGGAAUCAUUCAAUUUAUAUAUAAUCUAAAAUUAAUUAUAGACUUGAAUAUGGAAUAGGAAUAAAAAUAGGAGGAUUCGAGUAAUUUAAAAUGAUAUAUGAAGGUCCGUAAUGGUAUCAUAUAAUAAAUUAAUUAUAACCUAAGUAAAAAAAAAAAAAUAUAAUAUACAUAAACUAAAAAUAAAAGAACUACAUACAGAAUUAGAGUUUGUACAGUAAAUGAUAAAAAUGAAUAAGGGGAAUAAGGGGAAUGGAGUGAUAUAUAAUGUAUUAUAACUCAAUAAUUAUAAAGUAUAGAAAUAUCAGAUUGUGCUUAAAUUAACAGAAAAGAUAAGAAAAUCAUAAUUCAAUAUGAAACUGCAGGAAUAACAACAUCCUCAUAUCCUUAUUCUUUUGGAAAAAUAUAUUGGGAUAUACAUGCUCUUGUUUCUUCACACUCUUGCGGUGAAGAUGACACUGCUUGUCUUAUUAUUGGAGUAAGUAAUAAAAUGGGAAAAAAAAUAAAUAUUAUAGGUAGUACUAUUAAUUAUGGGUUGCACAGAUAAAAUUUUAAGGUUAAAGUUUGUUUAGAUUUAGAUAACUAUACUAUGAUUAUUAAUACUCCUACUCAUCCUAAAGGAUAAGUUUUCAAUAA